AGCGGCCAGCGUAGUUGUCAAAGCGUCGAAUAAGCGUACAAAUUAGUCUUGUUCCAGUGCCAGUCAGAUUUAUAGGAUUUAGACAGAAAUUACAGGAAUACAUUACUGAAGAUAUUAGAAAUUUGCAUACGGAAACCAAUUCUGACUAAAUCGCGUAAAUCUGACUGAUACCGUGUUUUAGCUAUCUACCGUUUUUAAGUGAAAGUAAAUAAAUACCAUAUCCACGUUAUAAUGGCGAGUCCACCAUUGCUAUUGAGUUUGAUUGACGAUUUAAACCGCCUGACACCUUUCUACGAACCGGUGGCCUCCACAGACUGGCCUGCGGUCAUCACUUCGCCCAGUGGCCAAUUCAGGAAAUUUGAAGGAGAUCUGCCUGUUACCUCGGUUGGGAAAGAUGGUUUUCAAGCUAGUAUGGAUGUGCAGCAGUUUAAGUCCGGCGAACUGAACGUUCAAGUAGUUGACGACCACAUCGUGGUGGAGGGUAAACACGAGGAGCGAGCAGAUGACCAUGGUUAUAUUUCACGUCAUUUCAUUCGUCGCUUUGAAGUGCCCAAAGGCUUCGAUGCCGCUAAAUUGGUUUCCACACUGUCAUCGGAUGGCGUCCUAACAGUCAGCGUACCAAACCCCGCCAUAGAGGACAACUCCAACAAACGAGUCAUCCAAAUUAAACAGACUAUACCAGCGCUUAGGAAGAAACCUAAAGAUAAUCCAAAGGAGAACCCAAAAGAAUAGAACGCCAAGUGAUAAAUUUUGAAUAAUUGUGCUGGGUGCAAUCAUGGCAAUCAUGGACUACAUUGUCGUUCUAAAUCGAUGUACCCGAAAUUCGCUAUUAGCAUACAAAUAAGUGAUGUGACUUUGGAAAAUACGAAUCUCGCACAGUUUGACCAAUCUAUCGAAAUUACGUACAAACGUAUAGAUGUGUACAUAAAUCUGGACAGAAAAGUAUACCAGUCCGAUUUUUAUUUCGGCUGACUUCCAAAUGUGCCAAUUGAAUAGGGCUGUUCAGGAUGUUGUGGAAAUGGUCUUGGAUUUUCAGUUGGAAUUGCAUUUGGAAAUUUUAUGAUUGCUGUCAUGGCAACCGUGUGCGCGUUGUUGUUGUGAAUUUACAAAUGCACCAAAUAUGCAAAUGCAAGAGCAUAUGUACAGCCCUAAUGUUUGGUUACUGUUCUACCGCGAUAUUUAAACUGUUUGUAUAUGCAGAGUUGAUAAACAUUCCAAAUUUGGAAUAUUUAAUAUAACAUGUUUGUUUGGGUGAUACAAACGAAGCAUCAGCUUUGUUUCUGAUGCGCUCAUUACUCUGGCGAUGCGUUUCGAUAACUUUUCGGAUGCGUUUUGGAAAAGUAUAGUACAUUGUCUACAUUUUGUAGUUCGGGAGUUGUUAUGGAACAUUAUAGUUUGUACGGAUGCAAAGCAAUUGACGUUUCGGAAGUCAGCCCUUCUUUCAAAUAUUGUACAUAUUAGUGAUUAUCGGUAUUCUCCAUAUCUGUCAGCUACUUCUGACGCUAAUUAUUAUCGUGACCGAGCAUUUUGUGUUUAAUAUUUUGCUACUUUUUUCGAAAGAUUUUUGACGAACCAAAAACAGUUUUCAAUACUACAACAAGUAAUUUUUAAGCAAAAAA